AUGGCUACAAAGGCUGUAGCUCGCGUUAGAAAGAAGGAUAUUGUAAAGGUUGUCCACGGGGCGCUGCUAAGAACAAAUAUCAGAGCGCAAAUGGCUUCUGCAGCCCCUCCGUUGGGUCCACAACUUGGUCAGCGUGGUUUGAACGUCGCUAAUUUCUGCAAGGAAUUCAACAAAGAGACUGGACAUAUAAAACCCGGUGUUGUUUUACCAACUCGAGUAGCUGUGAAACCUGAUCGGACUUAUACAUUGGAGAUCUGUUCUCCAGCCACUUCAUGGUUGUUAAAACAAGCGGCUGGGAUAGCGAGAGGAAAAGCGAACAAAGGAGAAAUCGCUGGCAAACUCUCUGUAAAGCACAUAUAUGAGAUUGCCAAAGUGAAAUCAAAGGACAAGUGCUUGGUAGGAGUUCCUUUACAGGAAAUAUGUCGACAAAUCAUUAAACAAUGUCGAACGUUGGGGAUUCAAGUACAACGAGAAGAUUUGGAUCCUGUGGAGCUAAAAGAAUUUCUCGACGAAAGACGGAGAGUUGUUGCAGAACAACUGAAAGCGCUAGCGGAUAAGAAAGCAGCAAAGAUGUUGAGAACAACGUAA